AUGAUUGCGAAGGUUGGGAUGAUGCUUUCAGUCCUCGAGACGGAUGACGCGGAAGCUGCUGUUGCGAAAGCCGUUGCCGCCGGAGCUGGCAAAGUGGAGGUCUCUGAGGCGGAAGCUGACGGUGGAGUCAAGGGGAAAGUGACAGAUCCCUUUGGUUUCACGUGGAUCUUCACCUCUCCGGCGAAGAAGACCGAGAACGUCGAGAACAAAGAGGUCGUCUAA